AUGACCGUGUCGCGGGAACGCGCGGCGGCGCGGACGGAACGCCGUUUGGCUCAACUCCACGACGGCUCCUGCUUCUGCGGCGCGGUGUCCUACACCGUCGCCGGCAAACCGCUGCUGAGCGCGUUCUGCCACUGCACAAACUGCCAACGCCUCUCCGGCUGCCCCUUCGUGCACACGGUCCACUUCCUCGCCUCCGCGUUCGCCUGGACGCACGCCCCGCCCCCCGGCGGCGACCCCGCGUCCGCGCUCGACGCGUACACGAUCCCGGCUAAGCCGUGGAAGACGCGCUACCGCUGCCGCACGUGCGGCGCGUGCGUCGCCUCCGCGAACGCGCGCGCGGAGACGCGGAGCGUGUGGGGCGCGCACCUCGCGCGCACGACAGCGGCGCCGGACGGGGCGGGGCGCAUCGCCGACUGGGACGCGGUGCGGCCGACGGCGCACAUCUUCUACGGGACGCGGAUGCUCGACGUCCCGGACGGGCUGGGAAAGUGGGAGGGGUACGAGGGGAAAUCUGCGCGACUCGGGCUCGACUAG